AUGGAAGCAACAAACAAAGAUAUUAAAAACUACACUGUUGAUUCUAAUAUCAAACUCACAGGUCUCGAGAAGAAAAUCUUUCAAACUCUUCUUGAGACAAUUAAGGAGCAUUAACUGAAAACUACACUAAGAGUAGCAGGAGGUUGGGUUAGAGAUAAGAUAAUGGGGAAAGAGAGUCAAGAUAUAGAUAUUGCUAUGGAUGACAUGUUUGGUGAGGAAUUUGCUAAGAUGCUUAAUGAAAAGCUCCACCCUGAUGGAUCUAAAAAAUUUGGAGUAAUUAAAUCUAAUUCUGAGAAAAGUAAGCAUCUUGAGACUGCAACAAUGAGAAUACAUGGCAUGAUGAUUGAUCUUGUUAACUUAAGGUCAGAGAAGUACACUGAUGAUUCAAGGGUUCCAACUAUAGAUAUAGGAACUCCAGAGGAGGAUGCUUUUAGAAGAGAUCUUACCAUAAACUCUCUGUUUUACAAUAUCAAUGAAGGUAUUGUUGAAGACUUUACAUAGAGAGGCAUCCAGGACUUGAAAGAUGGUAUUAUAAGAACUCCAUUAGAUCCUCUCCAAACAUUCCUUGAUGAUCCUUUGAGAGUUAUGAGAACUAUCAGAUUCGCCACCAGAUUUGAUUUUAAAAUACUUGAAGAGAUUUAUGAAGCAGCCAGAAAUAGCAAGGUUUUGGAGGCUUUUGUCCAAAAAGUAACUUAUGAAAGAUUAGGAAAGGAAAUGGAUUUGAUGUUGCUUGACAGAUACCCAGCCAAUUCAAUAGAGUAUAUGUAUAAAUUUGGAAUUAUUCAACAUCUCUAUAAGUUUCCUACUCAUUGUCUAGGUACAGUGAAUUACUGUGGACUAGAUUUUAUUAUCAGCAAAGAGGGUGAUGAAUCAAUUUUUGAAAACUUCAGAGAAUUCUAAAAGAAUACCUUUUACACAGCACUAUUAUUGCCUUUUGCUUCGUUUGAAUACAUGGCAAAAAAUAAAAAGGAUAAGGUGAUAAAUAAGGUAAUGGCUGACUCUCUUAAAAAGUCAAAUGAUGUUAUGAAAUUUGUAUAAACAACUAUUCCUUACGUGGAGAAAGCUAUCCUAUUUGCUAAUAAAACUCAAAACCUAGAAUCACUAAAUGAUGAAUAGAAAUUAUAACUAGGACAGUUCUUGAGAGAAGCUGGACCGAGAUGGGAUUCUAUUGUUCUGUUAGCCCUUGCAAAUGAUUAUUACGAUUAGUAUCUGGCUUAAUCUAGUGAACAGGACCCUAUUUCUGAUUUUAGAAAUAUACUAGAUGAAGAAAAGUUAGAAUCUUUAGUUAGCAAGUACACCCAUCUCAACUAAAUUAUCAUUCAAGAGAACUUGAAAAAUGUUCAUUUAGUAAAGUCACUAUUAGACGGCAAAGAUAUCUGCGGCAUUUAUGAGAUCAAACCAGGUAAAGCCAUUAAAUUCAUUAUAGAUGAGCAGAUAAAAAUGCAAAUUAUCAAUCCAAGCAUCGAUUUCGAGCAAAUGAAAGUGUUCCUAUUAGAGAAGAAAGAUGAAUUUUUAAAGUUAUACAGUUGA